UUUUGCUUUUCACAAUCUUUCUUCUUAGUAGUCUCUGCUCUGCUCGCAAGAUUCAGAUCGCAAAUGGAUGGUGAUGGAGGAGUUGUUGAUCAGAGACGUGAAGAAGAGCUACGUGAGAGACGUGAAGAGCUUCGUAGGUUGUCCGUACGUUUCUUCGUCGCUGUCUCGCUCAAUCUAUCCGCCGGAGUCUGCAAACGAGUGACUGGUCUCGACGGUUCGGGAACGGAGAACGGAGACCACGUGGCGUUAUACUGGGCUAAGAAGUUUAGCAGGAUGGCGGAGAUUUCUUGUAUGAUUGUGAUAAUCCAGAUCGUUUUCGUGACGGUGGUGAUGGCACGACGGAUGCGAAGUCUUAGACGAGACUGCGAUGUCCAGCUCGUUGUGGGUUUCAUCUGCUUGUUGGUCUCGCUCUGUUUCUCCGCUUACCUUCGCUGGUUUGUGUGAUGACUACUUCAUCUUUCAUGUCGCUAGAAUCUGACACACUUUUCUCUUUGGGGUUUGUGUUUUUGAACAUUGCUGUUUCUUGAUUCGAUGUUAGUAUGACUUGAUUCCAUGUUAGUA